UGAAAGAGGCAAAGUUAACUUUCCUGAGUCAGGGCAGCCUCAUCAGCCCGGUGGACGAGCCCAGCAGAGGAUGGCCGCGUCCGGCCCGUUCCCGCUGCUGGUGGAGGGGUCUUGGGGCUCCGACCCCCCAAAGAACUUGAGUACCAAGCUGCAGAUGUACUUCCAGAGCCCGAAGAGAUCGGGAGGCGGGGAGUGCGAGGUCCGCGCGGAGCCCGGGAGCCCGGGGCGCUUCCUGGUGCUCUUCUUCCCCGAGGACGUUCGGCAGAAAGUUCUGGAGAAAGAGAAACAUGAAUUGGUCUGGCCAGGGAAAGGAACAUUCAAGUUAACAGUUUGGUUGCCCACAGGCCCAGAUGAAACCACAGUCAUUAAGGGGAGAACACCAGCAGAGGAAUCCAAGGUGAAAGAAGAUGUCAAAGAACCAGGUAUAUCAGAAGAACUGGAUACAAAAUUUUCUCUCAGUAAUACACCAGAAAAAAUGGAAGAUAUCCCAAAAGAAUGUGAAAAUAUUUCUUCUUUGGUGGCAUUUGAAAAUCUCCGUACAAAUACGACUGACAUGAUGUUAACCUUACUAGUGGAGAACAUAAGUGGCCUGACCAGUGAUGACUUUCAGGUGGAAGUCAUACGAGAGAUUGAUGUUGCUGUGGUUACCUUUCAAAAACAUACAGAUACCAUGAAGUUUGUUGAUGAUUGUACCAGGCACCAUUCAAUUAAAAAACUUCAGAUUUCUCCAAGACUUCUAGAAAUAACAAAAACAAUCAGGGUUGAAAACCUGCCACCUGGUGUUGAUGACUACCAGUUACAGCUUUUCUUUGAAAAUCCUUUUAAUGGAGGAGGAAGAGUUGCCAGUGUUGAAUGUUUUCCUGAAGAGAGUUCGGCUCUGGUUGAAUUUUGUGACAGAAAAGUGAUGGACACCAUCAUGGACAAGAAACAUAACUUCAAUAAGAUGCCGCUCUCUGUCUUCCCCUACUACCCCUCUUUGGGCACGGCCUUGUAUGGCAAGGAGAAGCCUCUGAUCAAGCUCCCAGCACCAUUCCAAGAGUCACUGGAUCCUGCCUUGUGGAAGUUCUUUCAGAAAGUGAAUCCUCUGAUUGAGGAGAUAAAUGAUGAAAUGAGAGGUUGUCACUGUGAGCUAACCUGGUCCCAAGUCAACAGUAUGGUGACCAUCAGACCUGCAGCCACCCUAGUCAAUCAAAAAAGGCCGAUGAUCAAGACCUGGCAGAAAGAUGCAUCCACAGCACUCUCUGGCAUCAGGUCUAAAUAUAAAGUGACCUCAUUUAAAGUGGACCCAGUAGUGUGGGAUGCCAUAAAAUAUGACUUAGAAGAUGAUAGCAUUUUGAUUGAGUUUGAUACACUUAAGGAGAUUAUUACCUUAGCAGGAAAAUCAGAAGAUGUCCAAAAUAUUGACCUGAAAAUUAAGGAAUUAAUAAAAAGCACCAUGCAAAAAAUUAGAAAGGAAGAGGAAAGUCUGGAGGAAAAGGUGUGCAUCUCUCCAGAAAAGUAUUUUCUUUUGCAACACAGAGGCGUCCUGGAGCAUCUAUGCACAGAGUGCCCAGAGAUGGAAAUUUCUUAUACUGAAGCCACUCGGUUCCUACAUUUGAAAGGCCCCCGUGCAGAUGUGUAUAAAAUAAAGUGUGAAAUCCAGGCAAAGGUGUUUGCCAUGGAUCAGAAAAACAUUCAGGUUUCUCUUGAGGUCUUCAACUUUUUACAGCAGGUAGACUGUAAGGAAUUGUCUAAGCUUCUUUUUAUAGAGAAGAAGAUUCUUGCAACUUAUGAGCUAAAGGGUAAAAGUGUUGUAUUAACCAGCUUUUCUUUUGAAGACCUGGUACAAGCUGAGAAGCAAAUGCUCAGUGCCUUAAAUUAUAAGCGCAUUGAAGUUGAGGACAAGGAAGUUCUCAACAGCAAUAAGUGGAAAAAGAAAAUUCAUGGCUUGCAAAAGAAACACAAUUCCUUCAUAAACAUUGUGGUAACCAAUGAAUUAGCUGCAGGAACUCCGGCUGCGGUGACCAUCACAGGCUGCAUGAGAGAAGUCACUGAAAUCCACAGCUUGCUUUUUGACUUCUUGGAAAAAAACAUGAAAAUAGAGAGAUUGAUUGAGGUGACGCCAACCUUGCUUAUGCACUAUUUAAAGGCAAACAAGAAGGACAUCUUGUCAAAGAUAAAGAAAGUAAAUGUGCAGAUAACUUUCAAGCCUGACAACAAACAAAAAGGCAUUUUGCUAGUUGGCUCCAAGUGUGAAGUGCUGGAAGGUGCCAGCAUCAUUGAGAAAGUGCGGGAUUCAGUCUGUCUUAAAACAUUCCAAAUUGAUAAGCCAGGAGCCAGGCAAUUCUUCCAGGAUAAAGCAAGGUAUUACAAAGGGGAGGUCAAACGGUUGUAUGGCUGCUUCAUUGACCUCCAGGAGAAUGAAGAGCAGGAGGGGGGCAGCGCUGACGGGCACAAGUGCUUCUGUAAGAGGGAUCUGGCCCCUGGCAUCACGCUGAUUGCACAACAGGGUGACUUGACUCAGUUUCCCGUCGAUGUGGUGGUGAAUGCUGCGAAUGAGGAACUUAAGCAUAGUGGUGGUCUUGCUGCUGCUCUCUUAAAAGCAGCUGGCCCAGAGCUGCAAGCAGAAUGUGAUCAGAUAGUGAGUAUAGAAGGCAGGCUUCUACCUGGCAAUGUCACCAUCUCGAAAGCAGGAAAGCUCACUUGCCACCGUGUGAUCCAUGCAGUAGGGCCACGAUGGAAGGCAGACGAGGCACCCAGGUGUGUGUAUCUGUUAAAGAGAGCUGUGGAUAUGAGCCUCUGUUUAGCUGAGAAAUACAAGUACCGGUCCAUAGCCAUCCCAGCUAUUAGUUCUGGAGUCUUUGGCUUUCCCUUAUACCAGUGUACAGAGACCAUUGUUUCAUCCAUCAAGGAAAACUUCCAAUAUAAGCCGGAUGGACGCACCUUGAAAGAGAUUUACCUUGUGGACCCAUCUGAGAAGACUACUGCAGCCUUUGUUGAAGCUAUGAAAACUAUAUUUAAAGAUACCAGACCCAACAGAGCCUCCAAGUCCAAGACCGAAUCCCUGUCCAUCACAUCCUCCUUGGGCCAGAUAGACUCCCUGCCCAGCACAACCUCUUCUCUUUGUUUAACAGCAGAAGUCAAACCUGUAAAAAUGUCACAGAAGCAUUCACAUCUGGUGUCCCCAGGACUGAAGAUGCUGUUGGUGACAGCAGGUGUGCAGAAUGCUAAGACCCAGGUCAUCGUCAAUUCCAUUCCCUCGGAUCUUAGGCUCAACAGAGGGCCCCUUUCUCAGGCCCUCUUGGAAAAAGCAGGACCAAAGCUCCAGAAGGAGUUGGACGCUGCUGGACAAGGAGUCACUGUCAAUGUGGGCACAAUUCUUCAAACCAGUGGUUGUAACCUGCACUGCAGUCAUGUGCUUCAUGUGGUGGCUCCAGAAUGGGGAAAUGACAGCACAUUUUCACGACAGAUCAUGGAAGACAUAAUCAGAGGCUGUUUGGAGAUCACUGAGAAAUUAUCUUUACAAUCAAUUGGAUUUCCAGCAAUAGGAACAGGAAAUCUGGGAUUUCCUAAAUCUUUAUUUGCAGAAUUAAUCAUUUCAGAAGUGUUGAAAUUUAGCAGCAAGAACCAACUGAAAUCUUUACAAGAGGUUCAAUUUUUGGUCCACCCAAAAGAUCAUGAAAAUAUCCAGGUAUUUUCUGAUGAAUUUUCCAGAAGGAAUAAUGGAAAUCUUAGUGAGAAAAUUUCCCAAGUUGAAGACACACAAGGUUUCUAUGGGGCUGUCUCUAACCCUACUUUAGGAGUGUAUGAAAUGAAGAUUGGCCCCAUCCUCUUCAAGGUGGCAUCUGGUGACAUCACCAAAGAAGCAGCAGAUAUAAUUGUAAAUUCAACAUCAAAUACAUUUAACCUCAAAUCAGGAGUCUCCAAAGCAAUUUUAGAAGGUGCAGGACAAAAUGUGGAAAUGGAAUGUGCUCGGCUGGCUCAUCAGGGCAACAAUGAGUAUAUAGUUACUGAAGGUGGAUCACUGAAGUGCAAGAAUAUUAUUCAUGUUCAUGGUGGGAAUAAUGUCAAGAAAUCUGUUUCCUGUGUGUUGCAAGAAUGUGAAAAACGGAAUUACUCAUCCAUUUGCCUCCCAGCUAUUGGGACAGGAAAUGCCAAACAAGACCCAGAUAAGGUUGCUGAAGCCAUAAUUGAUGCCAUUGAAGAAUUUAUCCAGAAAAGAUCAGUUCAGUCUGUUAAAAAAGUUAAAGUUGUUAUCUUUCUGCCCCAAUUACUGGAUGUGUUUUAUGCCAACAUGAAAAAAAAAGAAGAGUCUCAGCCUCCUCCCCAACCAUCUGUGAUGUCUAAAGUGUCCUCCAUUUUGGGUUUUACAAAGCAAUCUCCCGUAAAACAGAAUCCCUUGGUUUUAGAGAAGAAAACAGAAGUGACAACUUUCCAGGUGUGUGGUGAAGAUGUAAACUGUGUUGACAACACUAUCUCCUGGGUACAGGAGCUGAUUAAAAAAGAGCAGUUUUCUUACACCAGUGAAGAUGAAUGUAUCAAACACUUCAGUGAAAAGGAGUCUCAGAAACUGAAUGAGCUGCAGAAGAGGUUAAAUAUUACCAUUUCCCUGGACCAGAAGAGACCUCUGAUUGAAGUUUUGGGACUUAGCAGAGAUGUGAUACAGGCUAGAGAUGAAAUCGAGGAAAUGAUCAAGAGUGUUAGACUGGCCAAAGAAAAGGAAAACCGAGCAGAUUGUAUCAGUGCAUUUAUAGAAUGGCAAUAUAAUGACAAUAACAUUUUUCGCCGUUUUGACAAAAUAACCAGUCUGCAAUUAGAAGAUGCAAGGAGAGCAAAGGACAAGAGCACUGUGGUCAAAAUUAAUAAUCAGGACUACAGAGUGAACUUCAGCACAUAUACUGCUACAGGUCCAAAUGGACACAGCUUCACUGUUCAGCGCCUCACAAAAUCUGAAGUUGAAUUCCCUGCACACUGGAGAGACAUGAAGCAGCAGAAUUUGUGUGUGGUCCAGCUGCUCCCUGCUGAUCCAGAAUACAACACUGUGGCUAGCAAGUUUAAUGAGACCUGUUCAUCUUUUGUCAUAGAAAAGAUUGAAAGGAUCCAGAAUCCAGAUCUCUGGAAUAGCUACCAAGCAAAGAAAAAAACCAUGGAUGCCAAGAAUGGCCACAAAAUGAAUGAGAAGCAACUCUUCCAUGGGACAGAUGCUGGCUCAGUGCCACAUGUCAAUAAAAAUGGCUUCAACCGCAGCUACGCUGGAAAGAAUGCUGUGUGUUAUGGAAAGGGAACCUAUUUUGCUGUAAACGCCAAUUAUUCUGCCAAUGACAUAUACUCCAGACCAGAUGUAAAUGGGAAAAAGCAUAUGUAUUACGUACGUGUGCUCACUGGAGAAUAUGAACGUGGACAUCAGUCAUACAUUGUGCCUCCUGCAAAGGACCCUCAAAAUCCUACUGACCUCUAUGACACUGUCACAGACAACAAGCAAAAUCCUAGUUUAUUUGUGGUAUUUUAUGACUACCAAGCAUACCCAGAAUACCUCAUUACUUUUAGACGCUAACAUUUUCAGUUUCCUCCCCAAAAAGACAUUAUUUGUUUGUACAUAUUUGGUUUUAAGAGGUUUAGCCUUUUUUCUUUCUUCACAGCCUUUUCUAAGAUCAAAAGAUGCUUCUUUUCACUGAAAUCACAGUUACCUGAGUUUCUCUUUUGUAAUGGGAAUUAACCAAUUUUUGAGAAGAGCAAAUAAAUUUGAGCACUUAAAUCAGAUAUCACAGAACAAUGUGUCCACAAGUGUGCACAUCAAAUCUAUGGGGAAAAAAACAGGUUUAUAUUUUCAGGAAGAAGAGAAAGCACAGCCAUGCAAUUCAGCUGCCACUACUGAAAGGAAACAGCUGGAAUUACUUCAGGGUACUGAAGUGCUGUGGAGAACACAGUAUCACAAUGUGGGUAGGGUUGCUAACUUCCUGAAGGUGAGGGUAAUUCAUGAUUUUACCUUUGGUUGAGGUCUGUACCUGAUAUACAAUGGAUGCUCCACAAAUUAGGAAGAGAAAAGCCCAGUCAAACUCCUACCCAAAGCAGGAACUCUCUCUUCAGUACCCUUGACAUCUGUCAUGUUGCCACCAAUUGAACAGAUUCCAUGACAGGGAGCUUCAUUCACAAACAGCCCACGUGUGUGGGCUGGACAGCUCCAGCCAGGGCUCUGGGACUGCAGUGCAUUUGCCCCCUGCACAACCAACUGCUAAGGUGCAGCUUGUGGUCUGGGUGGAUUGUCCCAUGGAACCAUGCAGCACAGAAGCCCUGGCUCUAAUCGCCAGAGGGUUCUUUCUAAUGAACCCAAAUUUGCCUCUGUGUGUCUACUCAUUGGUCUUCAUACUAUACUGUGAAAACAAUGAUGAUGGCUGCUACAUCUUCAGUGGAAACCCUUCAACUGUGCUAAAAUUAAUGAACUGUAAGGUUAUUAAAUAACAUAUUUCCCUUGAUGGCUUAGUUUUUGAUGCUUUUAAAGCCUUAUGUAUAAAUAAACCAAAUAAACUAAGCAAUCGUACUGCUAAUUUGCUAACUCAGUAUUUAAUGGAUGGGAAAGUUGUUCUUUUUCUUAAUUCCUCAGGUAAUGUUCAUGUUCAAACACCAUUUUAUUGAGUACCUAGGUUGUGACAGGCCAUGCAAUAGGUGCUUUUACGUGUAUUAUUUUAUUCCCAAACAGUCCUGUGAGGCAGGAACUAUAUCCACAUUCUAAGACUGAGGAGAAAUGCUCAGAUUGCAAGAAGCUUCCUUGCCUGAGGUCACCUAGGCAAGACCCCUCAUAGCCUGCAAAUGAGUCUUUGUGACUGGGAUAUCAAGCCCUUUGCUGUUCCCCACAGAACACAGUCUCCAAAUUGAUGUCACCUCAGAUGAUCUGUGAAAUCCUCACAUUCCUUUUUUUGUUUUUUCCUUCUGGCUUUGGUUUCUCUUCAUUGGGAAUUCUUUAGGCUAAGAAGCCAGAAUUGAUGCUGCUGAGGAACAAGUACAUAUGACACAUUCUGUCACUAGGGGGUGCUGGGAGGAUUAGGGUGCUCUUGCCUGACCACAAGGAAUAGCACCAGACCUUCAAGUGGAGGAGGGCGAGGGGGCUACCUUUGCUGCUUCAUUGACACAGAGGUCUGUUGAAGCUAUUUGUUUACACGUGGACUAACAAAGACUUCGGAGUAGCUUGCUAGCCAUUGGGAACUGAACUCAGCACUAACAAUGAUGUAAGAAAACGGAAGCCCUGUUCUCAUUUGCUUCUGUUCUCCAGUGGUUUGUUAACUUGGAGCAAGGCUGAACAGCAGAGUAUGUUACACUUAAGAAUAGUGAUCCAAUCAGUAAGCAUUACAGAGUACUGGAAUUCCUAGCCAGAGCAAAUAAGCAAGAAGAAGGAAUAAAAGGAAUACAAAUAGGUAAAGAAACUGUCAAAAUAUCCCUAUUUGC